CAGCCUGGUUUAUGUUCAUUUCAAACAUUCAUUGAAUUCAUCUAUGAUAUAUUGCAUAUAAACGACUGUCCCAGGUUGCUGUCACCAAGGAAAAUGCUGCAUGGGUCUUACAAUGUAAUACACAGAUCCUGCCUGCACUGUUUGCAAGAUACUUAUUGAUUAGACUCCAUGUGUCUGCUCCCUUGAUCUGGCAAUCAUAGACUGUUGGAAGAUAGUUCUAAUCCACUAACUUGAGAAAUAGAAGAACAUAUCAUACAACUGUCAUUGCUGUAUAUAUUCUUCUCUACUACAGCAAGAACAGUGUUGAGUGUUGACACAGAUGAACAGGUUGUCUUGAAAAUUCUGCAGCCUGUCUACAUAUUUGUCAAGAAGUUGCACAUAUCACUUCCCUGAAGUUGUAUUUUUCAACAGCAUGGAACGAUUUCCAGGAUUCACCUCCCUUGAGGUACUAAAUAUCACAGGAUGCCGCAAACUACUUAUACCCAUGGUGCAUCAAAGCAAAAUCUAUCAGAAGUGCCUCUUUCCAAAGAAUCCCAAGCUUUCCAUGGCAACGCUCAAAUUGAACUACCAGGGUCAAGGAAGUGGGGAAAAUCAAGACUGGAGGUCUCAAUCUCUAUCCCAGACUGGGUUGGCUUGAAACUGAUGACAUUUCUCUCCUCACUGUUAGAGGAACAAGAUAGCACUUCAGCUAUUAAUUUCCCUCCAGGUACUUGCAGAGCUACGUUUAGUGAUUCAGUUUAUUCUCUUAGUUUCCUCCUAUGAAGUCUCCUGGCAGACAUGCAAGCUGCUAUUAUCUUAACCACUGCGGUCUAUAGUCAUCAUCUUCAGCACACAUAUGCUGCAAACACACAGUCAAAGUGUGUCUCCUUGAAUUUUAAUUUAUUUGAUUAGUGUCAUUUGUGGUAUCUUUGGACACUUUCACCCUGAAUUACUUCAGUGCAGAUUAGAGUUUAAACAUAUGCUUAUUAUAAGACUUUUCAUGAUUGGUUCUGCUGUUAGUUCUCUCAUGCCAUGAUUAUGCCAUCACUCCUUGAUCUGCAACUAUGCAGUUGAGGACCAUAAUUUGCCAACAUCUUGGUACAGUGAAAAUCUUGAUCCUUCACCACAUUUCAUUUUGAUAGAUUGAACCAACAGAUCAUUGACUGCCGAGGCUGUCUGUCAUUACCUUCACACAUAAGUUUUGGGGCUUAUUGUCACCAAACUCAUGUGCCUCAUUUGUGAACGUAGUGUAAAUUUACAGACCUCAAUGCCUUUUGUUUUAUGCUGUUUUGUGUCACGUGCUAUUUUUUGAGCUAGCUGGUUGUUCAAGUUCUAGCUGGUUCAAGUUUUGACAAGUCAUUUUAUGAAGCUAGAGAUAAACUUUUUUUUAUAAAGCUAGAUAUAAGUUUUUUUUAUAUAAAGCUAGAGAUAAACUGUUGGGAUGCUAUCUUGGAAGAGUUUGCUGAUGGAAUGCAGGUACAUCUGCUGGGUGUUUCACUGCUUGGCUUUUCACCAUUGGUGCUAAUCAGUAGUCAUUUAAGGUACGCUUCUCAAGAAAAUUAUUGAAGAUGUGGUGGUGCUAAUGCAUUUCCAUAUCUUUUACUGAUAUCUGCAAGCUGCUCAUACCAGUCUUGAUGACAAGGUUCAAAUACUGGAAGCUUAUUCAGUUCUAAGACAGGCUUCAAAGUAAGGUGUGUCUGCACCGUGGGCCCAUAAGGCCGUAACAUGAAAUAUUUUAACUUCUAACAUACCUUUCCCUCAUAUGGUGUUUGUCUUUCCCAACAGAACAGAACAACAAAGCUAAACUUCUUUCCUGUACCAGAUGUAGUAAAGCACAUGCUUUUCAAUGAUGACAACAUCAAGUGUCACAUCAACCGGUCGAACUCAGGCAUGUAUGUGCACAACUGCACCACCGGGCCGGAAACCGAAAUCUCUGUGCUUCGGUUUCAGUAUGACUGUAUGAGGAAAUUUCAUAAAGGUGCAAGCAACAAAACAAGCUCCGAGUCAAGUCUAUGGUUUUGAGUUUUGACUCUGGUUGCAUGCACCAGGCAAUCUUUCUAGACAAGAACCUGAAGUAUCCAGGCUUACUGGUGGAUCCAAAAACUUAUACAGGACAUCACAGUUCUUGUCUGCCUCCUCCAUCCAAGCUCCAAGCAAACUCAUUCCCUCCGGCGCCAAGCAUCGCACUCGGCUGGCACUAUACACAAAUGGAUGUCCUCGGCAAGAUCACGCGCGCCAUCUCCGACGCCCUACAGGACCCUGAGAAGCUACCAGGGGCGCUGAUUCUGUGUGGUGUCCUUGAAGCCGCAGCAGCGCUCUCCCUCAUCUUCUUCAGGGUGCCACGGGGAGUGUUCCACCACAACGGCGAGUCGCUCGUCUAUGUGUACUACGGUGUUCUGAUUGCCGUUGUGGUGUUUGGGCUUGCAGAGGUGGCUGCAGGCUUCUGGGUAUCAGGGGACCUCAGUGGUCGGCGAGUCAUUGGUAAGAUCAUCAUGGGCCUUUCCAUCUUGCCUCUAAUUGUCGUUGCCAGCCUUGGAGGGUUUUCUUCUGCUGCGCCGAAGUAGCAGCUCCGUAUAGACAGUCGCGCUCUGUCAAUGUAUAUGUAUGUUAGAACUACAUGGAUUACUAUCUUAGCUUAUGGCACUAAUGUCCAGUGUUGGGUGUCUCUUCCAUGUACUUAAAUCACGAGUCCAUUGUUGCCAGUUUCGGCUCUA